AUGGACCCGGACAACCCAUGUCUUCGAACCCAGCAGGUCAAAAUUGGGCUGAACCCUUCCGUUCUCACUCUCAAUAUGAUUCCAAUCCGAAUGAAGUACGAUCCAAAGUCUAAUCCGGACUGGAAGAACGAGUUCACCAAUUGGCCGAGGAUCGAACAAGCAUGCGUCAAGUUCGCCAGCGACAUCCUGAAAGAAAGCUGGAUCAUUAUCGUAAUAUGA